UAAAAAUCAUGUGAUUUCUUGUAAAGAGCAGGGAGGGAGAAGGAAAGUGAAAAAGGUUUUCAGCAGAAUAUAAAAGAACAUCUGAACAGCUGCAGUUCUCCAGUCAUCUUUAGGAGAGCGAAGAGAGAAUAAAAACUUUUUUGUGAAAGACAGUCGGUCCUCGGGCAGAUCUUCUGCAAAGACAAACUUAAACAAUCAGCACAAGUGUGAUGCUAAAGAGUCUGCUAGCACAAUGGAGGGGUGGAGACUUAAACGUGCAUCUGUGCCAAAUAUUGAGGGUGAGAAAGAAGAGGUUCGUACAUCAACAUCUGGGACCAACCUGAAGAUGCUUUUGGAGGAUCUGGGAUUGGAUCAGUUCUACAGGGAUAAGCUGUCACUCAGUAAAAUCCUUGAGAUCAAUGAGAAGACCAUCAAUGAUGAGCCUCCAAAGUGUAAAUCUGAUCUUUCAUGGCAUUUUCUCAAGAAACUGAAGAUGGUGAAUGUAACAGCUAGACAGAUAAGAUCAGUUUCUAUGUCUAACCAAGAUGAUGAAUUAGAACCUGGUGAGUUCAAUUUUGAUGAUUUGCUUGCCAGUCCAAAUAAGGAUGACUCUGUAAAUCCUCUUGAUAUAAUCACUGCUCUCUUCCUGUGUUCUGAUGGGUUUGUUCAUCAAGAAUUAGCUCUAAAAAUGUCCAUGUGUCAGUUCUCUGUUCCUCUGCUGCUUCCUAACUGUGAUACAAACCGGUGCACCCUCAUGCUGUGGGCCAUGAGAGACAUUGUUAAGAAGUACAGACCUUCAGAUCUUUCAGAAUCAAAAGGCUUCAUAGAAGAAAGAAUAGUUCUUUCUGAACUUCCAUUCGUCUCAUUUGUGAGACUGGGUGAGUGCUCUCUGUCCAAAUCAGAGAUGCUCAAUAAACUUUUAAACAACCCAGAUGACACCUUUGUUCACCGUGACAUGGAUGGUGGAGACAGUCCAAGAAGAAUAUCCAAUGGACUGACUGAAAUGACCUGGUACCUUCCCUGUGGAAACAAAAACAUGGACAUCUUCAGUGAACCAGUUGCUAUAGCUAACCUUCGUGGAGACAUUGCUUCAUUUGACACACAAUUCUCCUUUUUGUGUCAGACAUCUGCUGCAGUUUUUGUUUUCUUUGACCAGCUGGACUCUGAGUGUGAACUGCUGACAAACAAAAACCACAAAUCUCAAAUCUUCCUGGUGGGAAACCAACAGAGCAAAAACUUCAGAUUUGAUUUAGUUAAAAAACUGGCAACCAGUCUGGCCUUGACUCAAAACAACAUUCUAAUAAAGACAAAACAAACAAAUGGUGCAGAUUUUGUUAAACUACUGAGGAAAAGAGUUGGUGAUGUAAUUAAUAACUCACAGAGUAAAAUGUCUGUAGAGCAGAUGGCUGAUGUUGCUCAUGAACUGGGAAUCAGAGUUGAUGAAGAUUUUUCAAAGUGCCAAACUGGAAAGAUGAAAGCUGAUGAAAUCACUGCUGAGAUUAAAGACAUAAUGAAAUACAAAAAAGAUCAACUUCCGUUACAAGGUCAAAUAUGGAAGGAACUGACUUGCUUGGAAAAGGAAGAAUUUCGUCUUCGAAAAGUUGGUUCAGAAAACAUUGAAAAUUACAAAUGUAAACUUCAGAGCGAGAGAAAAAAACUGAGGAAAAAGCAAAAUGCUUAUGGGAUGUCCAGGGCAAUGACAAGCUUUAUUAGUGCAAUAUCCAGCCCACAUAGAGAAAGGUGUUAUUUUCUGAAAUGGAUGCAAAUAAACCUUGACAACUUGUCUCAAAUCAAAUUUUCUGACCUUAGGGAGCUUUACAAGGAAAAAUGCAAAGAUUCUGAAAACAAAGAAGAGAUCAAAGAAAUUGACAAACAACUUUCCAGCAGCUCACUGGGACUUGAGCACUUCUUCCGUGAAAUGGGUCAGAUCUAUGAAGCUUCUCUUUACCUUCCAGAAACAGAUCCAUCACGUCAGCAACUGCAACAUCUGCCCAAACUCUGUGCUCAGUUGUUGCUGGAUGGAUUUCCUCUUGAGCUUGUAGAUGGAGAUGCUUCCAACAUUCCUCUCAGAUGGGUGAGUGAUGUUCUCUCUCAGCUCAAUGACUUGGUGUCUCCAAAGAACAAGAUACGGGUCGUCACAGUUCUUGGAGUUCAGAGCACAGGGAAGUCCACUCUCCUUAACACCAUGUUUGGAGUCCAGUUUGCAGUCAGCAGUGGUCGAUGCACUAGAGGUGCCUUCAUGCUGCUCAUCAAAGUCAAUGAAGACUUCAAGAAAGUUCUCAACUGUGACUUCGUGAUGAUCAUCGACACUGAAGGCUUAAAGUCACCAGAGCUAGCACAGCUGGACAACAGCCAUGAGCAUGACAAUGAGCUGGCAACACUUGUUGUUGGUCUGAGUGACAUCACCAUUAUCAAUAUUGCAAUGCAGAAUUUAACAGAGAUGAAAGACAUCCUGCAGAUAGUGGUGCAUGCUUUCCUCAGGAUGAAGGAGGUCGGCAAAAAGCCUCAAUGUCAGUUUUUUCACCAGAACGUUUCUGAGGUUUCAGCUCAUGAGAAGAACCUGAGAGACAGGAAACUGCUGUUAGAACAGCUGAAUGAGAUGACCCAGGCUGCAGCUAAAAUGGAGAAAAGAGAAGAGAAAUACAAGAGCUUCACUGAUGUGAUGGAGUAUAAUCCAGACACUGGGAACUGCUACAUUCCUGGACUCUGGAAUGGAAACCCACCAAUGGCUCCAGUCAAUGCAGGAUACAGUGAGACUGUCUAUGAACUCAAGAAAAACAUCAUCCAACAGCUGGGAAAGUGUGGGUCAACUUCUAAUAACAUCAUCCAACAGCUGGGAAAGUAUGAGUCAACUUCUAAUAACAUCUUGGAGUUCAGUAAGUGGAUAACCAGCCUGUGGAACGCAAUAAAACAUGAAAACUUCAUCUUCAGCUUCAGAAACAGCCUGGUGGCUGAUGCUUACAUGAGGCUCUGCACAGAGUACAACAAAUGGGAGUGGGAGUUCAAAAAGGAAAUGUACACCUGGGUCACCAAUGCAGAGACAAGGAUAUCAAACUUUGGUACAGUUGCUGCAAAAUCUGAAAUAUCUGACAUGAAUGAAUUCAUAACCGAGUUGAAAAGUGAAGCAAUCACAGAGCUGACCAAGUGGGAGACAAAGAUCCUUGAAAACCUGAAGAAAUACUUUGAUCAGCCAGAAGGUCAUGUUUAUCUGGUUGAAGGAUACAGAGAGGAUUUCUCCAACAGCAUAAAGAGUCUUCGACGACAAACUGAAAGAUCAGUGUUCAACCAGAUCACAACAACAGCUGACAUUAAAGAGGGAUUGAAAGAACUCGACAAAAUCAGGGCCACUUAUACAGAAAAAAUUGAGAAAGCAGUUUGUGCUUUAAUUGAUAAAUGUCGUAAGAAAAAAGUUAAAAUGACUGACAGAGAGCUUGAUGAAAAUUUUGAUAAGAUGUGGACUGAAACACUGAGAACCUUGGCCUUCUCCGAACAGCAGACUUCAAAUAUCUUCACAAGUGUGUCCCAUCAGUUACAAACAAAUCUUUCUCCUAAGGGAAGCCAUGCAUGUGAACUGCUGAGUAAAAAAAACCUCAAAGACUGUGGACUGGAGCCUUUUACAUACAAACCUAAAGGACUGAGAGAAAAAAUCAAACACAAAGUAACAGGACUGUAUCAGUGGUUCAUGAAUGUCCCUACAAACCCCAGGCAAGAAACCGCUGACAGCAUUAUAUCCUUCUGCAAUGACUUUAUAAGUGAUAAAGUCAAGAGAAAAACUAAUUAUCAUGACACUUACAUCCAGGAGAUUCUUCACAUCAUUGAUGAGAAGCUGAGCAAUGCUAAGGUUGACACUGACAUAGAGUUUGAGGUGUCUCUGAAACAACACAUAUGUGGAUCUGCAGCCAGGACGUUUCAGAAAAUGCAUGAAGACUUUAUACAAGAAAAUGAUCCUUAUAAAUGUCUGCAGAAAAACAAAAACAAAUUUUGUGCAGAUUUCAAAGAUGUGUUCUAUAAACGAGACCAAUGCCAGAAGAAAGCUGAAGAAUUCACUAAUCAGUGUCUGAAACCUGCUGUGGAAGAUUUCAUCUAUCGUUCCUUGGGCCUCAACAUAAUCGAUGAAAUGCUGACAGGAGAAGAGUUCAGCACACGAAUGUCUUUUCAAUAUUCUGUUUUAAUGGAUCUUAUUUCAAGGAAUGAAUUUGAACGUUAUCUUUACUACAUCUGUUCCUAUGAAGAUUAUUUAAAAUCCCAGAUAUCUGACAGAAUAAAGAAGCAUUUUUCUGAUGGGUCUAUUCUAGGUGAAAUUGAAGACAGACAUCUCGAGUCGAGCAUUAGCAGCAUCAAUGGUGCCAUCAAAAAGACCACAGCAACUGACAGCCUGAAGACAUUUGUUGAAGAGAUUUGCAAAGAACUUGGUGACAAACUGGUGAUUUCCCAGAAUGCUCUUGGUGCCUUCCUGGUCCUAAACAAUGCUGAUCAGAAACAGUUCGCUCACUGGCUCACAGUGUCUGUGAAGGACAUGGCAGAAGCUCUGGGGACAGAUAUUCAGAACAGACCCUUUGAAACCAAACUCAGUCAUCUCCAUGUAAAACCCCAUGUUGAGCUUUUCAACAGAGUGAUUGGUUGUGGCCAGCAGUGUCCAUUCUGUGCCGUACCCUGUGAUGCAGGAGGAAAAUUACACACUGAACAUUUUGCUUCAUUGCAUCGUCCACAGGGCUUGGGUGAGCAUAGAUGGGAGGGAACAGAGCAGCUUAUGACUGACAUCUGCUCUUCUCUGGUUGUCAGUGAAAAGAUUUUCUGUUGCAGUGCCAUAAAGGAUGAAUGGCACCUUUACAAAAACUAUAAGGAAAUCUACCCACACUGGGACAUUCGUCCAGAUGUCAGCCUGGAGGCAUCAGACUACUGGAAAUAUGUGAUGGCCAAGUACAACCAGGAGUUUGCUAAAGCAUACAUGGCAAAACCAGCAGACAUUCCUCCUGCUUGGAACAAUAUCACAGAACAACAAGCAAAGGAAAGCCUUAAAGAGUCAUUUAACAUCAAGUGAGACUAGAGUUUUCUAGUCAGGCAUUUCUAUUCUUGAGAAGGUCCAUUAGGAUUCAAUUUUAUUUUAAAACAGAUAAAAAAAACUAUUUAAUAUUCUCAAAAGUUAGUGCUAACUUGUCGCGCAAAGUUUGUUCUUAAUUUUUUUUUUCACUUUUUUAUAAACAAUAAUAAAUACUUACUUCUAGUCUAUGUAGAAAAAAUAUAUUUCAUGUAUCUUACUCAAAGAUCUGUGUAUGUACUUUGGCUCUAUGAAGUUUUGAGCAUGUUUUUGCUUAAUACAUCCUUACUGAAAAUAGUGUCAAGUUGUAACAAUGUUUGGAUUUAUGAUUCUUUUACUUUGCUUCUUCAAUAUUUCUAUUAUGAUUUCUGUGACUAUGUAGUCUCUAGGACUGAUGUCUAUGAAGUGGUUAACAGAAAUGACCCCAUUAAUAAGCCUAGUGGCAUGUUUCCAUGGAGAUAUAUUAUAUUCAAAUCCCAGGUACAAAAUCGUUUAAUAUGUUCUAAAAUGAGACGUUAAAGAACUGUUAUUGUGAUGUAUUAGCAAAUAUUACUUUUGUAGUUUAUGCUUAAACUGUGUUCUGGGACCUUUGACAGAUGAAUUGGUUUUGUUAGAGAAAAGUUAAAAAGAUGAAGUUUGUUUUAUGGUCAACGAAAGUUUAAACUGUAAAGCAAUUUAAAGAUGUAUUCAUUUUUAAAGUGGUUAAACAACUUGAAUAUGUAAACUUAACAUGCUAUAUUAUUUUUUGAUCAUAGUAAUGUUAAAAGUAUACAUUAAAUAUUUGUUUUCCUUCAAGAGGAGUUCCAUUAAUUUAUUCUAACUACAUUUCAAUUCGGUACAACUGCUGUGCUAAAAUUAUUCAUCACAAUAAUUGUGUUAAAGGAACACAUUAAUACAUCUGGUUUCAGAGUGUAAAAAAAACUUUUUUUUACAUAUUUAAAAAAAAUACAGCAAAUACAAUUGGUCCUUCUUUUCUCAUUUUACCUGAUUUAACAACUAGUAAAUCAAGUAGAGUGUUUUUCUUGAUUAACUUGACACCAUAAAUCAAGUCAAGCAUUUGACUUGAUUUACAGUGUAGAUAUACUAUACUAGUAUUGAUCCUAGUAUAGCAGGUGGCGACAUUUCUGCUCUGGGAAACGACCAAACUAUCAGAGAAAUGCAAUGACUUGGAGUUGAGGAUGAGGCGCAACAAUAUAAGAAUCCAUGGCAUUCCUGAGGGUGUAGAAAAAACAACACCAUUAGCUUCAUAGCACAAUUUAUUAAAUCCCAGAUUCAAAUCACAGACAGGAUGGAAUUGUGUAUUGAAAGAGCACAUUGCUCACUGGUGAAUAAACCACGCUCCCCCCGAAAGCGAUCAUCGUACGCUUCUUUUAUUAUAAGAUGAAGGAACAUGGGAUAAAACAGGCCUGGAAACAGAAGAUCUGCUAUGAAGGACAGACUGUUUAUUUCAACCAAGACUACACAACGGGGGUCCAAAAGAAAAGGAAGCAGGUGAGGGAAGACAUCAAACAACAGAAGGAGAGGAAUGUGAAGGAACAGUCCUCCUUUCCGGCCCAACGCAAAUGCUGGGGCUCUUGGAAGACUUUUGUUCAUGUUCCAGUCAUUGUGUUGGGGUCCCUGUCCCAAUAUGUGUGUUUAUGUUUCGUUUUUGUUUACAUUUAUUACUGAAAUUGUCAUAUCUCCUAUUUGUCCUAUAAACCUUACAUAUCUUCCUUCUUUAUCCUUUACCUCUUUUUCAACUUCAAACAAUAUCCCUUAUUGGAUUAAAAUAGCUACCCCCUCCUUUUUCCAAAUGAGGCAUAAAAUGGGUGACUUACCGAUUCCCUUUUCCGGUUUUUGUGUUUGUUCUCCAUUAGGUGAGUCUCUGGUAGAUUUUUUAGUUGAGUCAAAAUCUUCUUUUGUUUAAUAGGAUGGUUCAGACCAUGAAUAUUGUAAGAUACUGUAUCUAGCCCACUCAUAUUACUACCAUAUCUGGAGCUGUACGUGACACCUCUUUGAAAAGAAAAGUAUGUUACACAAGACAUAGCCUCAACUGAAAAGGAGAAAUUUGAAAAUAAGUGUGCACGAUCCAAUCAUCUUAAAGGAGACUUGGAAUUAAUUGUCAGUUUUACUUUGGGAGCGUAAAAGGAAGGCUGAGGAAAAAUAGUGCUGAAAUUGAUGAGACAUCUUCAGUGAGACCCAGAGAAACUGUGUUGCUAACCAUUGAUGAGUCUGUACCUCGUCUUGGCUAGGUAUUUUUACUUUUGUUGGAUUGGACUUCUGGAUUGUCUACGGCUGGAGAUGGUGAGCCUGUGUCCAGAAAAGAACUACCGAUCCAUCAAAGAACUUCCAUCUUCUCUCCAGCAUGAACAUUGUAGUGGUAAUAAUGAAAAAAGGAGCUGAACUCAAAAACACAAUUUGACUCGAUGAAUGACUAAAAGAAUAAAUGAAACAUUGAGCUCAAUAGGUCUGGGGUUUAAUUUUUGAUAUGUCGGCUUGUUAUUAUUAUAAUUGCUUUUAUUAUUGUUAUUGUGCUUGCUAAAUGUGAGUAGCCCAGCUCAUAGCAUAACCGCUAACAUGUCUCCACAUGAUUUAAACCCUCCAGGAGUGCAGCGCAUGGUAGUUGAGCACAUUGUGAAAAGGAAAGAUUAUGCAGUGCAACAGUUCUCACAAAAACUAAGUUUUUUUCUGGUAAAAUCCCACAGCCAGCGUAUGAGCCAGAUUAUACUUGACAUUCCAGUGUAGAACUACUCAUGAGUGACUCUUCCAUUUCCAAAGUGCAACAAUCUCGAAAGAUCCUUCAGUCUAUCUUACCCCCAGCUGCUGAAGCAAUUAAGCACUUGAACUUGAAUUCGCUCUCCCUCAGAAUAUCUUAAGUUGUUAGACUCUGCUAAUGGCGGAGAACUGUAUGCUCAGUUUCUUGACAGGUUCCAAAAUACAGGUGAUGAACUGUCUUACUUGCAACUAGUUUAAGUAGCCUUAGCUCACACUGUAAAAUGGGGUGGUGCCUCAAGCAGUGACUUUGAUAGACUUCUCAUCACCCAGUUCUGUCCAGGGUGUUGGGAUGAUCCCCUUUUAACUACAUUCCAGUUAAAACAAAAGUGGGAAAAUCCACCAAAUUUUCCUGAUCUGCUUCUCUUACUGUGAGCUGAAAAAGACCAAGAUGCCACCAAAAAGAUGCGAAUGAGACAUUUGAGCAGUACAAAACAAAAGGUUAUGUCCCACCUUCAAACCGUAAAAGACUGAUCAGAUGAGAAUGAUAGCACAGCUACCUUAAGUUCAAUUCAAGAGAGAACUCUCAAAACAAAUUACCGAAAUCCACUGUCAACUAGUAAAAUUGACUCCAAAAAACACACAAUGAAACAAGUGCACUCAAAAGAGAAACUAAAGCUGAUAAAGUGACCAGGGAACCCUCAGGACAAAAAGUUAGAAAAGUGAGAAUCCCUCAGCUGCUAAAAAACAUUUAAACUAAAAUCCAUCUCUAUUGCAGGGCAAAUAGGAGCUGCAGGUAGUCAGUCAUGCACAGCUGUUGUAAUAUUUCAGAUGUCAAUGUGAAUUUUCUUCUUGACUCAUGUUCACACGUGACCACUGUCACUGAGUUAUUCUACAAAUAAAACCUUCCAGAUCAAGUUGGAGCAAACGCGCUCAAUGUCCUGUAUGGGACGUUUUUACAUGUUAAGACCCCUGAUUACUUACCUGGUCUUUGUCGUUAUAGGGUGCUGUUGAAAAGUCUCAAACUAAGAUACACACCAAACAGAGAUGGAAAAUUUGGAUUAGUUACCAGCUGUGGUACCCUGCCAAUAGAGGGAUCUGCUAAUGUUCACUGUACUGUAUCUGACUGAUACUAUUACAUAUUAAGUAAAGUAUCAUCCAAGCUCAACAUCCUAAGCAAAUAAUCAAACCAUAAAAGUCUACUAAAAGCACAAAAAGAAACUUAAUUGAUCAUAGAAAAAUAUUCUGUACCGUUUUGGCCUCAGGAGAGGAUUUAAUGCUAGGGUACUGAAUAUUUAAAUAUGUGGUUUCAACUAUUUGUAGGUGAGAUGUGAGACUGAAAUAACAGAAUGUUUACCUAGUCAAGGGGUUGGUUUGUAUGUUUUUAGGUGAAUUUAUCUAGAAUAGUUCUGCUAUCAGUUGUACAGACCCAUCAUAUCAAUUUGAACUUGCUUUAAUUAUAAAACCCUACAGGAAAUUAUAAGUCAAAUAAGCUCCAGUUCCUGCUGUCUGGAU